AUGGAGCUGGAACCAGAGAGUAACUGGUUUCGGGAUGGGCCCAAGCUCAUCUCCAGGGCCUCCCGUCAGACCAGCAUGUUUCCGCAGCAUUCCCUUUGGAGCAGACUUAGGACGAGCAUGCGAACCCCACCCAGACUGCUGGAGCUGGCGGGAAAGAGCCUGCUGAGGGAUGACGCCUUGACUGUCGCGGCCCCGGAGUGUCUGCCCACUGCGUUCUUCCCGCCACUGUUCAUGGAGGCCUUCUGGGGCCGGCACAGAGCAUCCCUGAAGGCCUUGGUGCAUGCCUGGUCCUUGGCCCACCUCCCUCUAGGGGGCCUGAUGCAGAUGCCUCUGCACAAGACCUUGCAAGCGAUGCUCAACGUCCUGCUUGCCCGGAAGUUUUGCCCCAGGAGGUGGAAACUGCUGUUAGAUUUACGCAACACCAGUCAGAACUUCUGGAGCAUGUGGUCCGGAGCCAGGGCCCAGGUGCACUCACGGAUGGGGCCGGAGGCUGAGGACGGCUGCAGAAUGCGGCGGCCCCUGGCUCCCUUGGAGGUGUUCAUAGUCCUUUGCUUCAGCGACAGGACGCGGGAUCGAGAGAAAGAGAGACACAGAUUCCUCCACCUGUGCUGCAAGACGCUGAAGAUUUUUGCAGUGCCCACGGAGAACAUCCAGAAGGUCCUGGGUAUGGUGACGCUGGACUGUGUCCGGGAGGUGGAAGUGAAUUGCACCUGGAACCUGUCCACGCUGGGGACGUUUGCUCCGUACCCGGGUCAGAUGAGUAAUGCGCAGAGACUUCUCUCCCACAUCCACGUGUCGGCCUCCGAGCAGGAGGAACAGCAAGUCUCCCGAUUCACCUGUCAGUUGCUCAGGCUGCGCCACCUCCGGAAGCUCCACGUGGAUUCCCCCUCCCUCCUCGAAGGCCGGCUGGACCAGAUGCUCAGGUGCCUGCAGACCCCCUUGGAGACCCUCUCCAUAACUAAUUUGCUUAUGGAAUCGGACCUGAAGCAUCUGUCCCAGUGCCCAAACCUCGGUCAGUUAAAGGACCUGGAUCUCAGUGGCAUCACCCUGACCGGUUUUAGUCCCGAGCCCCUCCGAGUUCUGCUGGAGAAAGCUGCAGCCAGCCUCCAGGACCUCGACUUAAUUUAUUGUGGGAUCACGGACUCCCAAGUCGAGGCCAUCCUGCUUGUCCUGAGCCGCUGCUGCCAGCUCAGGACCUUCAGCAUCUGUGGGAGCGUCGUCCUCUCCAUGGCCACCGUGGAGAAGUUGCCGCGUCACAAGGGCCUGCAGCUGGGGAGAUUUGCUCAAAUUCGGGCUGAGCUGAUAGAGAUCCUGAGGGACUUGGGACGGACCAGGACUGUGUGGCUUAGCACCAGCCGCUGUCCUCACUGUGGCAGCAAGACAUUCUAUGACACAGAGCCCAUCCUAUGCCCCUGUGGUAGUCCUGCCUAG